UGUUUGCAAACAAGCUGCCAGAGCCAUUACCAGAGGUUUGCGGAGGCCCAUCACAGCAGUGUUGGACUUCUUAAACAAUGAGAAUGUUUGCAAAAGACGAAGCGAUAUAUACGCAAUUCCGUAAUGGCAUGCCAUUACAAUUGCUGUCAUUGAGAUAGCCACUUCGCUUCCUCCAAGAUGUCUGCUCCUGUGGACUUGGCGCAGGAGGUAACGUCUUUGUUUCGUAGCGACCGCCCAGCAUACAUACUGACAGCGAAAAAGUUGCACAGCUUCUGCCAUCGUCUAGAUUGCGAUUUCGAGGCCGUCAGCUCCUUACUCGACCAAGAUGUUUCAUUUCGAGAUAAGUUUACAGCCGUGAUUUCGAGGUAUAUGUACCAGCCCCGGGCCAUAUCUAGUGUCGAGACCACCCUUGAACCGACACAAGCCGCCACGGCCAUAUCUCCCUGUAGAUGCGAUGGUGAGGCAGGCUCUGGAUCAGAUGGAUAUGUACCUAGCCGCUCGCCAGCUGCUUCCGUCGACGCUAAUCCGCAAGCUUUCGGAGGCACGUCGCCAACGCGCAAAUUCGUAGAGGCUGAUGGCGCUGCUACCUCCAUUAAGCGUAGGAAGGACAGCAGAGCUGGACGCGUCCCACCGAUCAUCGCCAAGGUGGAGAAAAUCGGUAGCCCAGAGACUCUCGUACGCCUAUGGGACAGCUGCAGGGCAUCGAGGGCUCGAGAUCAGAGUAUCGUUAGUGGGACGGGACAGAUCCUGCCUGUUGAACCGGAAGGUGACUUGGAUGGCCCGUCCGUGCUGGAACGACUUAAUUCCCUCAAAGAGCAGGCGGCUGCAGCGAGUUCAAGCAUUCACUUUUCCAUUGCUAUCAAGCGCUAUCGUCAUACUCAAAUGGUCUACUUAUACAACAGGGCGAGAGACCUAGACGAGACGACGAUUGAGGUGGCAGAUCCAGGCAGCGCCUCCCAGUCUCUGGUUGACCAAUUCGCCGAGAGGCUUUUCCCCAGCGCCUCAGCAGCAGAAAAGCAGGCUGGUCAGGGUUCGAAACUCAAGAGGAAGCCGCUUAAGAGCGCAUUCAACAGGUGGCUGACCCUCGGGAAUAAGCUAACCACACUAGUUGCCAGGUACGGAUACGGGGUCCUUCUACUCCUACCGGGCGAUUUGAGGAAUGAAGACCUUCGACGACUUCGCGAUGGUGAUCUCCUCGCGGUGCUGAACCGGUUAGAUACGCAUGUACGACUGAAAGACAGCAUUCAAGCCCUCACAGAAGUUCUUCUCAGUCUGGCCACAUGGGGUAUCCUGCCCGUGGCGAGAAUUGGCUUGGAAGCGUAUGCAUCUGCGUCGCAGAUUCGAAAACUGGCUUCGGAGCCUAUGUUUCUGGGGGGCCUAUUGUCUUGGUGUGCUGGCGCAGCAUCCGACCUGGACGUCGCCCUGUUGACGCAGCCCGCUUGCCAUUCGGCGACUGAACAGCGCGACAGCACGGCCGAUGCGGACAACCUUCCAUUUCACGCCGACGACUGAUACUCCUGUAUGUAGCAUUAUCCAAUAUAGGAAACAUUACAAAGAGACAAGUUAU